ACCAGAACAAAUUAGCCGAUCAUCAACCAACAUGGGAAUGGCAGCCCCAGUAAGAGCAAGCUUUGCUCAUGGCGCUUGUGAUCAGUGGCAAUGUCAUUCUAGAUUGUCAGCUACCAUCCAGAAGCACCCGCCCAUGUUACCCAAAGUCAGGUUACCUCUCCCGCCUAGUUCAAAAUCAAACACUCUCUACUCUAACAAUACUAGUACUCCUCCAAUUCCAACGCCGCCGAUCAGGCCCCACCGGAAGAACCACACAACUGUGACUACCAAGAGGAGGAGGAAGAAGAAGAAGAAUGGGAAGGAGUCGAGAUGCAGCACCUCCGAUAUUCUGCGGCUGAUGGAUGGCCUCCUAGUCCCAAUAGCAGCUACAGCUGACAACAGCAUUUACGCCUCUCUGAUCAACGAUUGCUCCGACUCCGGCGCAGCUCUCGACUUACAGGCCCAUCUUACUAGGAAGAGCCGCCUCAACUCACCACCUCCUUUACACUUGCUCAACCGCCUUCUUCUGCGUCACGUCAGCAACGGUCGUUUAGACAGUGCCCACCAACUGUUUGAUGAAAUGCCGCGCAAGGACUUCAACUCAUGGGCCACCUUGAUAGCUGCUUAUGCCCACAAUGCCGAUUACCCGGAAGCCUUGAGGUUAUUUCUGACCAUGCUGCACCAAAAGGAGUAUGAUGUCAGCAUGUUUGAGUUUCCUGCUUGGAUCAUGGCUUGCCUUCUCGACGCUGCGAUGGAAAUGAGAUUAGGGGAGCAACUCCAUGGCUGCUGCCUCAAGUUGGGUCACGCUAAUCAUGAUAUGUUUGUCGCCGCCUCCUUGAUCAACUUCUACAGCAGAUUGAGGUGCCACGGAGCUGCGCACCGCGCCUCCCUGGGGCUCUCGCAGCCUAAUGCCCUGACAUGGACCGCUAGAAUGAUCAACAACUCUAGAGGAGAGCGGUUUUUCGAUGUGAUCAGUGACUUCAAGGAAGUAGGGAGGGCUGGGAUAAACAAGAACACUUGUAUGAUCUCUUGUGUACUCAGGGCGUGUGCGAGGAUGUAUGAUCGUGGCCUCAGCGGAAGACAAGUUCAUGCCAAUGCUAUCAAACUUGGAGUUGAAACCGAUUAUUUCCUGCACUGUGGGUUGGUCGAUAUGUACGGAAGAAAUGGACUACUUGGAGAUGCGAAACUGGUGUUCCAGACAAUCCAUGAUACAAAAUCAACUGCGUGUUGGAAUGCCAUGCUCACAAGUUACUUGCGGAAUGGGUUACACAUUGAAGCCCUUAAGUUUCUGUAUCAGAUGAAGGCAGACGGGUUGCAGCCUCAAGAGUAUCUGAUGGAUCAAGUGAGGAUUGCUUGCGCUAGUGAUGGUCUAUAAAGUAUGAAUAUGCUAAUCUUGGGAUGAUCUAUUAUAAGCAGAUGCAACGGAAACAAUGAAUUAUACAUGUACUCUUCAAGGGAUAUACUCAGAAAAGAUUAGGCCGACAUAUAUGCGGAUGAUGUUGGACCA